UUUAUACAGUCACCCUUGACCGUAAUUGAUUUCGCUAAUUACAACACGUUUUCCAAAAUGCUUAUGAGAACGUAAAUUGAUACAGGACCUGAACUAGGAAUUCGUUGGUUGUCGGACAUUAUAUAGUUAACCUAGCGUUAGAUAACGUUAACCUAGGUUAGAUAACAUUAACCUAGGUUAAUUUACAGACAAUGUCUGCCACAAGGUAUCGUCGGUUUCUCAAACUCUGUGAAGAAUGGCCCAGAGACGAAUCAAAAAAAGGCCGUGAUUUAGGCACAUUCCUCCGACAGAGGGUAGCUCAUGCAUUUCGUGAAGGAGAAAACACACAGCUAUCAGACCCAGAGAAAUGUGAUCAGAUGUACGAAAGCUUGGCUCGAAUCAACAGUAACAUGUACAGGGAAAAGUUCCCACGAGUAAAGGACACAAGUUUCACAGGUGUUACUGUUGAGGAGUGCCGGAUGUUGUUAUCAACAGGAAACAUGCAACAGAUGGAUGAGGAGAAGAAGAAAGGUUUGUGGAAGACGAUGAUGGAACGAUUCUCAACAAAGCCUGAGGAAACCCCUGAAAAGACGCCAGAAAAGUAGUUUUCCAAUGUUCUUUAUGUAUUUUGUUUCUUGGUCCAAGUAUAAAUAAUAAAAUGUAUUAUAACUAAA